GUUUAAUACCAUAAGCAUGAGAAGUGUAUCUUUAGGAGCUAAGGAAAACAUAAAAAAAGUUUUUGAAAAGUUUACAUAUGUCUUCGCUUUAGAUGUCAUGGUCUUUAUUCUAGCAUUUUCGAAGUUCCAAAUGUGCCCUUAAGGAUAAGUGUAGUGGUAUGUUACCAGAUCCCAAUGCUAGAGAAUGGUUGAUUCAGGAGGAUUAAAGGUCUAUCUUUAGGAGCUACAAUGCACCAAACAUAUAUGCCGCAAACAAGUCAUCCUCCAACAAGGGGAAAUUACCUAGGUAUAGAAUGAGAACUUUAAAUUGUAAGCAAAAUAGUAGAGUUUUGUUAGGUACAUUUUUAUGAACACUGAAAAUGCUUGUAGCCCAAAUAAGAAACUAAAAAUCAGGUUUUAGUUUGAAGGAACAAUGCUAAUGCCAUAUCAACCAAUAGUGGUGCUGAUAUUCCUCCAAACAUGAACCCUGGGUUGCUGAAAUUGUUUUGAACAUCAGAAGGGAAUAUUCCAGAAAACUUCAGGAGGGAAUAGCAUAGAAGGCAAAGUUAGCGGAUCGAGUGGCGUUGCUUCCACUUUUACUCGUCCAACGGCCCAAGAACAGACUAACCGCAGCAGUCAACCGGAUCCACGAACGUCAAGUGCCAAGUCCACGGACCGCUCUACCGACGACGCUUGGCCGCCCUGCGCCGUACCCUUCUCGGCUUCUCAGUCGACGCGUACGCUUCCAGCAGGCAGCAGUCCUCACUCCUCACUUCCUCAUCCUUCUGGUGCCCCCUGCUUACUGCUUCAGGCUUAACGCCUUCACCGGAAUCACCGCUUCAGCGGCUCAGCCCUUCAGAAAACCAACCGAGGGUUAUUAUUGCCUCAACAUAGUCACUUUUGUCUUAAAUGGCUUGAUCAAAAUCUUUGUCACACAAUAGAAGAUCAGAGAUUGAUCCCAUCAAAGAAGAGUUGAACUUAGCCCUACAAAGAAGAAGACUUAUAUUUUGCCUCCUCAUCGCCCAAAAGCUUAUAGACAGCUCCAAUGCAAAUCAAACUUUUCAUCCUCCAGAACAUCAAAUGACACAAACAUACAUAUACAUUACAAGCAGGUUUUAUAGACAAUAAUCAAAUUCUUCUAAUAUCCUUCAUUUCCUGCGAAGAUGUAUUUUUUGAGCGAAUUUCAUUGUAUAUCUUCUUCUUCAUCAAAUUUCCGAUUGAAAAAAAUUGGAUCUUUUCCCCUAAACCCACUUUGCUCAAUCUAUUAUCCACCUCAUUCCAAUUCGCCAUUCACUGAGAGGCACUCAAUUGAGAAGUACCAGAGGGACAGCUGGAUGUACAAGAACCAAUUGGAGCAGCCAUCCUCCUUCUGCCCACUCCCAGCUGACCCAAACUUUGGGAUCAUGGACUAUGAUAACGUUGCUCAGAAGCAGAUUCCUGAGCUCCAGAAGUUGCUUGACUUGCUUCAAGAGAAGCGAGUGGAAAAUGGCAAUGCUGGGAAGAGUUGUCCUACUAAUGUGUUUCUGGUAGGAGCGGGGCCUGGGGACCCAGAGUUGUUGACUCUUAAGGCGUUGAGAGUGAUUCAGAAUGCUGAUUUGCUGCUAUAUGAUAGAUUGGUUUCCAAUGAUGUGCUCAACCUGGUGGGUCCUCAUGUCAGGCUUCUAUAUGUUGGCAAAACUGCUGGUUACCACAGCAGAACACAGGUAGAAAUUCAUGAGUUGCUUCUUAGUUUUGCUGAAGUUGGGGCCACUGUUGUGCGGUUAAAAGGAGGGGAUCCCUUGGUGUUUGGGCGGGGUGGGGAAGAGAUGGACUUUUUACGACAACGAGGAAUUGAAGUGAAAGUCAUACCUGGAAUUACUGCAGCAUCCGGAAUAGCAGCAGAGCUUGGAAUCCCGUUGACCCACCGUGGGGUCUCUAAUAGUGUUAGGUUUUUGACAGGCCACUCAGGAAAAGGAGGAACAGAAGAGCCUCUAUAUGUAACAGCAGAGAAUGCAGUAGCAGACCUGGAUUCCACCUUGGUUGUUUAUAUGGGACUGUCAACUCUUCCAUCUCUGGUCUCAAAGUUGAUGCAUCAUGGCGGCCUACCCCCUGAUACACCUGCUGCUGCUGUCGAACGAGGGACCACACUACAACAACGCUCUGUAUUUGCGGAAUUGAACAAUCUAGCAGAUGAAGUAGCUUCACACCAACUGGUAUCACCAACUUUGAUCAUCAUUGGGAAGGUUGUUGCACUUUCACCUUUGUGGCCAUGUUCGAUUGAAGCUGAGAGGGCUCCAGUAUUGGAUGAGGCCAAAUUGUAGGCGGAGCAAAUGCUCUCAGUCUCAGAUUGGGCAAGCGUUAUUUGGAGGGAAUAAUAUAUGGCCAUUGGUGUUUUCUUAAUGUUCAGUAGGGACCCACCUUGUUGCUACCUUGGGUGCUUAAUUGCCCAUGAAUUUGAUAAGCUGUGCCGUUAACUUAUUGAGAGGAAGGAAAGGCAUUGGAGUCAGGUUACAUGGCAUUUUUUUUGAAAGGAAAAUGAUGGUUGGAUUAAUGAUAAGGGGCAUGUGGCAUUGGAGAACAAACUGAACAACAUAUUUGUUGGAUAGACAACCAGGCAAGUCUUGGGCGCUCUUUUUGCAUAUAUGUGGGAUACUGGCAUAUUGGCUGUUCUGCUAUUAAUCCCAUCCAAGAGCAGGCUAAUAACAGCCCAGAUAGGCUACUUUUCAAGUUAUCUUCUCAAAAGAAAGUUUCCAAAGACAGAAAAUGCGGUUCUGGCAAGGGUGGUUUGGCUCAUGAGCCUGGAUCUUUUAAACUUCUGAAAGAAAAAAUAUUUGUUAAAUCCAUGUCAGCAAAAUGAGAUAGUUAGAAGUACUUAUUUUACUUAAUCUGUUGACAAAAGAAAGAAGUUACUUCUUGGUAUGGUUGGGAAGUGGGAACAUCGAAGAAAAGUUUACACCAUUUGUUAUUUAUACAAUUAUACAUCUUUUGUCAUGUUAUCUUUGUUUUCACGUUAAAGAUGGAUGAUAUGAACUUAUCCAAACGCA